AUCUCGGAGCAAGCAGAGGGCGGUCCGUCAUGACUCGGAGCCUGCUGGCAGUAGCUACCACCAGCUAGCAUGCUACGAUACUGUGUGCAGUUUACUUUGGGGGCAGACCAGCGAAAGAACACCAUGAAAUAGCAUUGUUGUUCUCCGCUACAGCGCGCCCAUACGCACCACUGGUAUCUAGAGGCGUCUUUCCACAGGACCCGGACAGUUCGGAUCUCCCGAUCAUUGUUUGGACUCAUGUUAGACUUCCAAAGUGGGCUCGAAUGGGAUUUACCCAGCUAGCCGCAGCUAAUGGUUGUGCUGGCUGGCUAGCUGCGCGGCCAACCGGUUCGCACUAGCUCUCUGACACAGCGGUUUGACAUCGCACACCUCAUAAUUAGCAGGUGGAUUAACUGGAGCAACCAUGCCUCCCAGGCCGUCCUCCGGAGAACUAUGGGGGAUGCACUUGAUGCCCCCAAGCAUCAAAGUGGACUGCCUCCUGCCAAAUGGCAUGAUUCUCACGUUGGAGUGCCUUCGGGAGGCCACGCUGAUCACAGUCAAGCAUGAGCUUUUCAAAGAAGCCAGAAAGUAUCCUCUUUACCAUCUACUGCAAGAGGAGAGCUCCUACAUCUUUGUCAGUGUCACCCAAGAAGCCGAACGGGAGGAGUUUUACGACGAAACCAGAAGGUUAUGUGACCUCAGGCUCUUUCAAGCUUUCCUCAAAGUCAUUGAGCCUGUGGGCAACAGAGAAGAGAAGAUCCUCAAUCGAGAAAUAGGUUUUGCCAUUGGAAUGCCCAUUUGUGAGUUUGAUUUGGUUAAGGAUCCAGAAGUACAGGACUUUAGAAGGAACAUUUUGAAUGUUUGCAAGGACGCUGUGGACCUUAGAGACUGCAAUGGACCCCACAGUAGAGCCUUGUACGUCUAUCCCCCCAAUGUGGAGUCCUCAGCUGAGUUACCCAGACACAUCUAUAACAAACUUGAUAAAGGUCAAAUAAUCGUGGUCAUAUGGGUCAUUGUAUCGCCGAGCAAUGACAAGCAGAAGUACACUCUGAAGAUAAACCAUGACUACGUGCCGGAGCAGGUGAUCGCUGAGGCCAUCCGGAAGAAGACACGCAGCAUGCUGCUCUCUCAGGAGCAGUUAAAGAUGUGCGUGCAGGAAUAUCAAGGAAAGUACAUCCUCAAAGUCUGUGGCUGUGAUGAGUACUUACUGGAGAAAUACCCUCUGAGUCAGUACAAGUAUGUUCGCAGCUGCAUCAUGUUGGGGCGGAUGCCCAACUUGAUGCUGAUGGCAAAAGACAGCCUGUACUCCCAACUGCCGAUGGACAAUUUCACCAUGCCGUCGUACGCAAGGCGGAUAUCCACAGCAACCCCCUACAUGAAUGGGGAAACAGCCACCAAGUCUCUAUGGACGAUCAGCGGAACCCUAAGAAUCCGGGUGCUCUGUGCUACAUACGUCAAUGUCAAUAUCAGAGACAUAGACAAGAUCUACGUAAGGACUGGGAUAUACCACGGUGGAGAGCAGUUGUGUGACAAUGUCAACACCCAGCGCGUGCCUUGUUCGAAUCCCAGGUGGAAUGAGUGGCUCAACUACGACAUGUACAUUCCAGACAUUCCCCGUGCUGCCCGCCUCUGCCUCUCCAUCUGCUCUGUCAAAGGAAGGAAGGGAGCGAAAGAGGAGCACUGUCCCCUUGCCUGGGGCAACGUCAACCUGUUUGACUACACUCACACUUUAGUAGCAGGGAAAAUGGCACUAAACCUCUGGCCCGUCCCACACGGCCUGGAAGACCUGCUUAAUCCCAUCGGUGUCACUGGUUCGAACCCCAACAAGGAAACACCUUGCCUGGAGUUGGAGUUUGACCACUUCAGCUCCCCGGUCAAAUUCCCUGAUAUGACCAUCAUAGAGGACCAUGCAAACUGGAAUAUAUCCAGAGAGCUUGGCUUUAAUUACUCGCACACAAAUUUGAGCAACAGAGUGGCCCGAGACAACCCCUUCACUGACAGUGAUAGUGAGCAGCUUCGCCUAGUCUGUAACCGAGAUCCUUUGUCUGAGAUCACUGAGCAGGAGAAAGACUUUCUAUGGAGGCACAGACAUUAUUGCGUCAGCAUGCCCGACAUCCUUCCCAAAAUCCUUCUUGCUGUGAAAUGGAACUCUAGAGAUGAGGUUGCCCAGAUGUAUUGCCUUCUGAAGGACUGGCCCGCUAUCAAGCCAGAACAAGCCAUGGAGUUGCUGGAUUGCAACUUUCCCGACCCCAUGAUCAGAGAUUUUGCCGUAAAGUGCCUUGAGACGUAUUUAACUGAUGACAAACUGUCACAGUACCUCAUUCAACUGGUUCAGGUUCUGAAGUAUGAGCAGUACCUUGAUAAUCCACUCGCCCGCUUCCUGUUGAAAAAAGCAUUAACCAAUCAGAGGAUAGGACAUUUCUUCUUUUGGCAUUUAAAGUCAGAGAUGCACAACAAGACGGUUAGCCAGAGAUUUGGCCUCCUGCUGGAGUCCUACUGCCGGGCCUGCGGCAUGUACCUGAAGCACCUGAGCCGGCAGGUGGAGGCCAUGGAGAAACUCAUCAAUCUCACUGACCUCCUCAAACAGGAGAAAAAGGAUGAGGCGCAGAAGGUUCAAAUGAAGUUUCUGGUGGAGCAGAUGAGGAGGCCAGACUAUAUGGAUGCACUGCAGAGCUUCACCUCCCCCCUGAAUCCAGCACAUCAGCUGGGAAAUCUCCGUCUGGAGGAAUGCAGAAUGAUGUCAUCUGCCAAGCGACCUCUGUGGCUUAAUUGGGAAAACCCAGAUAUGAUGUCAGAACUGCUGUUUCAGAACAAUGAAAUCAUAUUCAAAAAUGGAGAUGAUCUGAGGCAGGACAUGCUGACGCUGCAGAUCAUUAGGAUAAUGGAAAACAUCUGGCAGAACCAAGGCCUUGAUCUCAGGAUGCUCCCCUACGGUUGUCUGUCCAUCGGCGACUGUGUUGGUUUGAUUGAGGUGGUGAGGAAUUCUCACACCAUCAUGCAGAUCCAGUGCAAAGGAGGCCUAAAGGGGGCGCUGCAGUUCAACAGCCACACGCUGCACCAGUGGCUCAAGGAUAAGAACAAAGGAGAGAUGUAUGACCAGGCCAUAGAUCUAUUUACAAGGUCAUGCGCAGGCUACUGUGUCGCCACAUUUAUCCUGGGCAUAGGUGACAGACACAACAGCAACAUCAUGGUCAAAGAUGACGGACAGCUUUUCCACAUCGAUUUUGGCCAUUUCCUUGACCACAAAAAGAAGAAGUUUGGCUACAAGAGAGAACGUGUGCCCUUUGUGCUGACACAAGACUUCUUGAUCGUCAUAAGCAAAGGAACUCAAGAGUGCACCAAAACACGAGAGUUUGAAAGGUUCCAGGAGAUGUGUUACAAGGCAUACCUGGCAAUCCGGCAGCACGCCAACCUCUUCAUUAACCUCUUCUCCAUGAUGCUGGGCUCAGGGAUGCCCGAGUUGCAGUCAUUCGACGACAUCGCUUACAUUCGAAAGACCUUGGCCCUGGACAAGUCGGAACAGGAGGCUCUGGACUAUUUCAUGAAGCAGAUGAAUGACGCUCACCAUGGCGGCUGGACUACCAAGAUGGACUGGAUCUUCCACACUAUCCGCCAGCACGCCAUGAACUAACAUGGCAACCAAAGGAGUUUGACACAGUCAAAGCUGCACGCAAAGAACCAUAACGGUAGCAGUGAUGAAUUAAACACUAAGGCCUGGUCCCUCUUUUGCCAGCAUGUGACUUUUCAACCAUUACCUGCCAGCGCAGUAUGAACGGCGGUGCUAAGAAGAGCCUUUAUCAGGGACAUGAUGCCUAAAUGUUUUCACGCCCGUGUGAAUUUCUCCUCGCUGCACUAUAUGACCUUCAAAAGGUGCGGUGGAAUUGUAUUUCAUCAGUUCUCUCCAUAGGAACUAAAACAGUCUAAUGGACCUGGGCACAUUUGGACGUCUGCAUAAGAACUAACUAUAGACACUUUAUUUUCUUAUUAUUUUUCUAUUCAUGGACAUACAUCAUCAGCAUUAAGAGAGAACCAUCACUAUGAAGUUAUACAUCAUCAGCACAGCUGGCUUUCCCCCCGUCUGGACAACUGACAAUAGUCAAACUUUAUUAUUAUUUCUACUACCUAUUUUGAAUUCCUCAAAAUAGGGGUGGCAAAGAUGUGUAUGCAUGCAGAAGAAGAAAAGGAAACUGAGAAGCCAAUCCAGAUUAAGCAUUACAAUCCUUAAAAAGGCAAAUAGCAAUAUCCAAGUACAGGACUGACACAGGAAGUGUUGCGGCAAACACUUCAAUAGCAUUUAUUACCUGGACUUUUUGUGUGCACCGUUUGCUGAAAUAGUGACUUACUGAUUUAGAAAUCACCCCACACUCAUAAUAAUGAUGUUUUUGUACAGCAGUAUAUCCAUAGAUGUGUAUGCAUUAGGACUGCAACUAACAAUUAUUUUCUUGUUUCGAUUAAUCCACCUAGACGGACCAAUUCAAUAUGAGCCAAACACAAACCAUUAGUGUUUUUGGUCCGCAACAUAUCAGAAAAAACGCAAAAAUGUCCAACACUGUUUUCCAAAGUUAAAGCUGAUUUGCUUUCAUGGAUGACUAAGGAAAUUAAGAAAUAAUCAGAUUCACUGGCUGAAAUCAGAGGGUACAGUCGUCCCUCGCAAUUCCCUGGUUCGGUUAUCACUCCCUCCUUACGCUUUUCCACACAUUUAUAAACGAUCGCUAUUUUGUGGUAGACUAUGGUCUAUUGUUAGUCAAAACGUAGUGACAUACAAGUGGUAUGUAGUAUUCUGGUCAGAAGGCGGCAGUAAUGGCACAAAACAUUGGGACAUUACCAUGAAAAAAGUUCUCUCUUUCAGUGCGGAAGUGGUAAUUUUAUUUAUUUAUUUUUUUUCUUCAAAUCAAAGCUAACUGCUUAGCUUGCUGGCUAGCAACCGUCUGGAGUCCCUGCAGCAUCAGAGUUGCAAACAACGAAUACAGAGCUCUAAUGUUCAAAAUCAAAUUUAGAAAGUCAAGCUUUAUAUGCUUUAUGGAAACCUUCCAUUUAUUAACAUUGAAUUCUAUAUCGCAGGUGGGUUGGGAUCCAAUGAACCGCUAUAAACAAGGGACGACUGUAUUUACAUUUUUAAAUAAAAAAAAAAUGAUGCACCGAAUAUCAGAAUUGUUGCAGCGCUGGUAUGCAUAUAGUGCACAUAUUCCUUUAUGAGUCUAUUUCUACUGAGCCAAAGUACUAGAUGUAUACCCCUGACCCCCCCACACACUCAGCAGUCUUAUUGUAAAAAAAAAAAAAAAAAAAGUCCCUUCAAUU